AUGGCGGCCACCACAUCCGUACAGUCCCUAACCCUCAUCGUAAUAAUCCUUUUCUACUCUCCGCCACCAACCUCCGCCGCCAAACCCCAUCCCUCCUUCAACGUCCAGUCAUACGGCGCCAAGCCCGACGGCAAAUCCGACUCCUCCAAGGCAUUCUUGGCCGCCUGGUCCGCCGCCUGCGCCGCCGCGCCGGCGACCGUCUACGUGCCGCCGGGGAAAUACGCCAUCUCCACCGCAGCCUUUUCAGGAAAUCAGUGCAAGAAAUCUGGAAUCACGAUACAGAUCGACGGCACUUUGGUCGCGCCGUCGGACUACGGCGUAGCCGCCAAGGCCGGCGAGUGGCUCCGGUUCGAUAGAGUCGCCGGAGUCACCAUCCGCGGCGGAACCCUAGAUGGCCAAGGCGCCGGUUUCUGGGCUUGCAGGAAGUCCGGCAAGAGCUGCCCUAAAGGCGCCACCUCUUUGGGUGUGUAUAAUUCGAACAAAGUAGUGAUAAGUGGAUUGAAGUCGAUGAAUAGCCAAAUGUUCCAUAUUUCGAUAUUUGGAUCUUACGGUGUUAAGGUUGUUGGCGCAAACAUCAUGGCGCCGGGGGAUAGCCCGAACACCGACGGCAUCCAUAUCGAGCAAUCUUCGGACAUCACAAUAAAAAAUUCCAAUAUUGGCACCGGCGACGAUUGCAUUUCUAUUGGUCCCGGCACCUCCAAUUUAUGGAUAGAAACAAUUAAUUGUGGCCCUGGCCACGGCGUAAGUAUUGGAAGUCUAGGCCGCGACGCCCAAGAACCCGGAGUCCAUAAUGUGACACUAAGGACCGCGACCUUCACGGGAACUGAAAACGGCGUGAGGAUUAAGACAUGGUCGAGGCCAAGCAACGGAUUCGUUAAGGAUGUCCUAUUCCAACAUGUUACGAUAAAAAAUGCUAACAAUCCAAUCAUCAUCGACCAAAACUACUGUCCCAGCGGAAGUUGUCCCCAUCAAGGAUCCGGUGUAAAAAUUACCAAUGUCAAAUAUCAAGACAUACACGGCGCCUCAGCAACACAAGUUGCCAUGAAAUUUGACUGCAGCAACAUAAAUCCUUGCACGGGAAUAACAUUAGACGGUGUGGAUCUUACUUACCUUGGAAAACCGGCUAUGGCAAGUUGUUCCCAUGCUGUUGGAAAGUCGAGCGGUGUUGUCCACCCGGCGGGAUGCUUUGAUUAGACGUAAAUUUAAAUUGAAAAUUGGAGUGAAGCCUGCGGCUUAAUUAAAUUUUUAAAUUUUUUUGUUGGAGCCCGGCUA